AUGUCAUCCGAGAACGAUUUCGAAUAUCCUUGGGAGAUUAAAAGCGAGGUAGAGCGACUCCAGAAGCAAUAUGCUUGGGUUCAAAGAUGCAUCGACAACAAGAUUAUCUUCGCACCUGUGCCGUUAGACCAAGAAGGACUCAGAGUUCUUGACGUCGGAUGUGCUGAUGGAACCCUACUUCGGGACUUGAAGAAGCAAGUAUCUCCAUCUGCACAACUUGUUGGAGUAGAUGUCGUCGAAGCAUUUCUCCCACCUUCCAAGGAAGGUUUGAGAUAUGAGGCUUAUGAUCUUUGCGAGCCACCUCGACAAGAGUUCACUGGAGCCUUUGAUGUGACGCAUGUUAGAUUUGUCAUUCCGGGUGCUUCCAAGGUGGGAUACCAGAAGGCAGUUGAACACCUCGCCUCCACACUUGCACCAGGAGGAUGGCUACAAGUCCAUGAGAUGGACCUUGACGUGCAAGAUAGGCCAAACGUAGGUCCAGCCUUGAAGGAUGUCUGCGCUCUGUUCUUGGGCGUGUUCAAAGCCAUGGGGAUGGUGCCCGAUCUUGUUAACAAACUUCCGGAGGCUUUUGAGACUGCAGGACUCCAUCAUGUCAGUACAGAAAAUGUUGAGUUGCCAAUGGGUAAGCUCUUGGGCGACGAGGAGGCUGCCGAAAUGUCGCUGCGGCCUUUUCUUCUUACUAUCCCUAGUUUGAUCCAGGGUGUAAAGGGCCUUGGAGCUGAUGUUCCCGAAUCCGUGUUUGACGGAUUGGCGGCUAGGUUUGAGAAGGAAGUCAGGGAGCAAGGAGCAGUUUUCUUUACCAAGGUCGUUAUUGGACGGAAGCCUGUAUAG